AUGGCCACGUUGGUGUGCGUAUUAACUAUAGUAGCUCUGACGGUGCAGAGUGCGGAGGCAAUCAGCAGUAAAAAGGGUAUUGGUAUUUGUUCCUCGGCCUUUGUCUGUGGUGAUACUUGGAAAUUCAGCGGUGUUACGUGGUGGUAUGAUUGGAGAUGGGAUCAAGGAGAGAGAACCUGGGCACAUUGUCCCCAUGCUGCCAGGGACGGCUAUGUUCCAAUGAUCUUCAACGAAAAGGAAGCUCAUCAGGCUAAAUUACCCGCAAACGCCAAGUAUGUUUUAGGAUUUAAUGAACCACAACAAAAGGGCCAGGCAGAGAUGUCAGUAGAGAAGUGUGCGCAGGUUUGGCCACUUGUUCAGCAAAAGGCCGGAAACAGGAUUUUGGUGGGUCCCGCACUUGCAGCUUGCGACAUCGAUCCCGAUAUGUGCAUCCGAUGGUAUGAAACGUUCUUCAAACACUGUAAAGGUUGUAGAGUUGAUAAAAUUGCCAUUCAUGGUUAUCACUGCCAACCACAGAGAAUGAUGCAAUCAAUCGAGAAAAUUUCCAGACACUUCAACCGUAAAAUUUGGCUGACAGAGUUUAGCUGUAAAGGAGCUGUAUCUAUAGACCAUGAUCUAAACUUCAUGAAAACCAUACUACCUAUGCUGGAGCGAUCACCCUAUGUGGAACGUUAUGCUUGGUUCUGUAAUCGUUUGGACAAAACAUCUGGUUUUCUUCCCAACUACAGCACAGAGUUAAUGGACCAUAAGACAUCCACUUUGUCGCGUUUAGGUAAAUUUUAUAACGAAUUUCACAUUUAA